GUUUGUAAUUACAAUACAAUUCAAUAUAAAUCAAUACAAAUUGAAAACAUAAACAAUUAGUUAUUAUUAUUAUUAUUAUUACUAUUUUAAUGACAACAACAACAAUACAAACAAACAAACAAACAGUUUAUUAGUUAAACAGUUAUAAUAUCCUAAUAAUAGUGACACCAAUCGCACGCACGCGCGUACCGGGACUGACACACACACACACGCGCGCGCGUGACUGACCACCAAUUUUGGCCAAUAGGACUCGGCAGCCGCCGCCGCCGCCGAUAAUAAUGGACAACAUUGCAUGGAUCAACUUAUUCAUACCGACCAAACUGUUUCGGACACCCCGUGGCCUACUGUUCGGCUACUAUCGACUGGACGGUAGAUCACUACAGGUCAACAUUACGGCAAUGACAUCCUUGAAGUUGCUGUCAACAUUGGCCACCUAUGAUUCGCCGGCCAUAUCGGUGUUGGGCACCAUUGAUGAUCGACCCGUAGCGACGGUUAGCGCUGGUGGACACCAAUCAGCUGAUGAUGACCACCACCACCACCACCACAACAACAACGGCGAUCGUAACCAUCAUCAUCAUCGGCCACAACAACAACAGCAUCGCCGACGGCAGCUGCGAACCGAUGAUAACGGUAUUAACGGUAAUCCAACAUCGAAAUCGACGGCCACCGCCGCAGCCGCCACUGCCAAUGAUCCGCCGUUUUGGUGUGACCUGAGAUUUAUGGACAAUCAGUUGAGUCUACGAUCGUGUCUGAUCAAUGGCCAGCCCAUAGAUCCCGGUGUUGUUACACUUGUUCACUACGAUACCCGCGACUUCAUGAGUUCGCAAUUGUUUUUCAAAGAAGACGAUUACGACAACAGGAUGCCGUUCGUCGAGUUUAUCAUCGAUUCGCUGAAAAAGACAUCCGACUUAUUCAAGACAUAUCUGUCCACUAAUAAUACUAACCGAUUGUCCGAUAGUCACACCACUACUAGUACUACUACUACUUCGUCCACAACAACGACGUUUCCCGUACGGGUCAGCGACGGCGAUCUGAGGCUAAUGUUGCCCCGACGGUUGACCGCGUCGUUCAUCGAAUUUCACUAUCAGAUUACGCGACCGAAACGCCAGCGAACCCAUGUCCGCAACAAGAGUUGGUUUCCGAAUCAGCGACAGAUUACCAACUUUUUGUUGGACACCGUUAUGAUGACCACUACCGGCAAUCAGUUACGCUUUCGGGUCCAACAGUUUCGCCAUUGUUGGUCAGCACUGAAAGCAUUCCGUCACAAACGUAUUAGUGUCAGUGUCGGCAAUGUAUUGUCAUCGGUGGCCAUCGAUAUUAUAUUGGGUAUUAUCACUACAUUGUUUCUCGUAUUCUACUCGAGUCCGUCCUAUUGGUUGGACGUAGCCCUGAAACGUACCGACAAUCUGGUCAACGAAGUACAGAGUCUACUGAAUCUGCUGAUGGGAAUGCCGGCCGGUCUGAAACUCAACCGACCAUUGAAUACAGCUUUGGGACAGUUUUUCUUGUAUCAUAUCUAUCUGUGGAAGACAUAUAUGAUAAUUAUUAAGCCGCUGUUUGCCAUUAUUGUCGAAACACUGGUCUAUUGCGGUGUACUCGGGUUUACCUGUAUAUUGAGCGUACUAUCCGAUUUGGUAGCACUGGCCACCAUACAUAUCUACUGUUUCUACGGUUACGCUGCCCGACUAUACGGCCUACAAGUGGUCGGCCUAUCGGCACUGUGGCGUCUGUUUCGCGGUAAAAAAUGGAAUCAACUGCGAUCGCGUGUCGAUAGCUAUUCCUAUGGCAACGACCAACUAUUUAUCGGUACCCUAUCGUUUACAAUCUUACUGUUCCUGUUGCCCACUGUACUCAUGUAUUAUCUGGUAUUUCUGGUCCUCCGUGUGGUUACCCUAUCGUUUCAGGGAGCCUUGUAUUUCGGUAUCGAAUACCUGAGCUCAAUGCCCAUCUAUAUGAUACUAUUGUGGAUCGGCGGAUCCAAGAAAGUGGCCGCACGUGUUAGCUUUGAGACUAUUUUGGUAGCGGCGGCGGCCGCCGAUACUACUGCUGCUACGGGUAUUACCGAUAAUCGUUGUCCACCGACACCAUCAUCACCGCCGAUACCAACUACCGUACAGUUGCUAUUGAGGACCCAAAAAGUGCCGUUCAGUAAAGUAUUGUCCACUCGUAACGAUGAACUACAGAGUUCAUCGCUGGUGGCCGCCGGCGGUACUGCGGCCCGACUUUCGUGGUCCGAUUUUUUCAAUUCAGUUGUUUGGGGCAAAAUUAUUUAUCCCCUAUAGAGAGUGGGUGGGUGUGGGUGUGUCUAUCUAUAUGUUAUUUAGUAUAGAUUGGUAUACGAUAUCUGUAUGUAUGUAUGUGUGUGUGUGUCUGUCCAUACUUACCGUUAAAUGCCUUUUAUUUUGAUAUUAC